AUGGACGGCGUGGAUCUCUCGAAAUGCGUGUGCGAGGCGGGCGCGGUGGAGUGGAUCCGCGACUGGUUCCAGGACUGCGUGUACUCGCGAUGGGACCUGCUCUCCUUCCUGCUCGGCCUCGCCUCCAUCGGCUGCUGGCUCGUCGCGCAGCUGCCGCAGUUCAUUCAGAAUAUACGCGUCGGGUCCGCUGACGCGCUCUCGCCCUGGUUCCUCUUCCAAUGGCUCUCCGGCGAUCUGCUGAAUCUGCUGGGCUGUCUGCUGUCCGGCAGCCAGCUCAUCACGCAGACCUUCACCGCCAUCUACUUUAUCUUCGCCGACUGCUGCAUCAUCGCGCAGUAUGUGUACUACCAGCUGAAGAACCGCGACUCGCUCGAGCUGGACGCGGACUGCAUGUCGCGCGCGCCGUCGCAGCAGGACGGCUUCAUCACCGCCGCCGCCUUCUCCUCGCCCUCCGCCGCCCUCCGCCGCCCGCUCCUGUCCGCCAGGCCCGCCGCGCCCGCAGACCACGCGGAUGCCGCCACCAGCAUUGAGGCGAUCAGCAGAGCGCUGUCUGUAUUGUCGCCGCCCAGGACGAAGCCAUGGCGUGCUGUGGAGGAAAUCCGCGCUUUAGAGAACGAGCUGCCUUAUAGAGAGGUUGAGGCUGGCGGAGUGGCAGCGACAGCAGAGCAUGAGAGUCACAUGCACAGACCAAGGCAGGAGCCGCAGCAGCAACCGCACCGGCACGAGCACCACAACUACCACCCAGUGUCGUUCUUAGCUGGCCGCUCAGGCGCUGUGCUCCUCGCCCACGCCUGGCAGGGCCCCCACCUCGCCUCCGACCCCCGCCCCCUUUCCCUCCCACCUUCUCAAGGCGCACACACAGCUGGAGCCGAAGCAGACUUGGCAGGAGAAACGGACGUGGCUGGAAAACCAGAGGUGGCAGGAGAAACAGACGUGGCAGGAAAGGCAGUCGCAGCAGGAACAGCAGUGGGUCGGCGGCUUAAUGUUGCUGGGCGGAGAGAACAGGGCGCGGGAGCGCGGGGAGACGGGCAAGGCAGGUUGUUGCGGAUAGCUGAGGAGGGGGAAGGGCGGGCGGACCUGUUCCCUGUGGCGUCAGAUAAUACAGGCACGAGGGCGUCAGACAAUGCAGGCGGAAGGGCGGACGGGGCAGGGGUGGUGGGAGAUCGCAGCAGGAGACGUGCGACUGCUGACGAGGCAGGGGGAGCAGAGGGGCGCAGGGGCGGGGGCCAAGCGGGGCGAGUGCAGUUCGAGGAGCAAGGGGGGAAGGGCGGGGAGGGCGCGGGCGGCGAGGGGCGCAGGCGCAGGGCGUACAGCGGGCGGGAGGUGCGGCGGGUGGUGGAGCAGUAUGGGCUGGAGCACGGCCCUCCGCUGCUGCACGCCCGCCUCACCAUCCACCACCACCCCGCUGCGCCCGCGCCCAGCCCUGCAGCCCUGAUGGGGGGAGAGCAGGGGCAGGUGGGACGGAUGGGCGCAGGGCGGGAGGGGCAUGGAGCAGCAGGAGCGGGUGGGGCGGGAGGCGGGCACGGGCGUGAGAGUGGGGCCACGCAUGGAGGGGCGGGUUACGUGAAGCAGGAGGGGACAGCUGCUGAGGGAACGGGUGCCUCGGCUGCUGUAGCAAGUGCAGCUGCCACCGUGCCUGCUACCACUGGGGAAGGUCCAUCCGAGGGAGGUAACUCUUCUGGUGGAGGGGCAGCAGGGCCCAGGCCGCAGAAGGCGGGGGCGCUGUCUCUGCUGCUGGGCUCGCUCAUGCUGCUGGCACUCGCGUCCUCUGCUCUCAACCCUGCAGAUCAAGGGGAUGCGCUCACAGCACAGCUCAGUGGUGGCGCUGGUCCGUGCACAGGGGGCAGGUGCAGCAUGGCAUGGUGGGGGACAGGUGAGGUCGAGGCAGCGGCAGGAAGGAAGCUGCUGGCGGUGCAGGCGAGGGAGAGGCAGGCACAGUGGCAUCAGUUGCGGGGGGAGCAGCAUGCGUGGCAGCAGCAGGCGGUGCUGGGGGUUGGGAGAGUGAGGUCUGGCAACGGCACGCUCUGCCUGCCGCAUCCCCAUCACACAAACUGCCAGCCUGCUGCUGGUGCUGCUGCUGCUGUGCGUGCGGGUGGUGGCAGUGCAGUGAGUGAUGGUGGCAGUUUGGCAGGCAGGGAGGCAGGUGUGGUGCUGCAGCUGCUGCCCCCCGUGCUUCCACUCGCUGACAGACUGAGCAAGGAGCAAAAGGACGCGGGGGAAAGGGGCGGGAGGGAGAGGGACAGGGAGGAGGGGGAUGCAGAGAUGGCAGCGUGCAGGGCGGAGAGGAAGCGGCGGAGGAAGGAGCCCAGCAGAUUCAUUCACCAGCUGGGCCUCAUGCUCGGGUGGGUGUCAGCGGGCUUCUAUCUGGGCUCGCGGGUGUCGCAGAUCUGGCAGAACGCGGAGCGCGGGUCAGCAGAGGGGCUGUCCAUGGCCAUGUUCCUCUGCGCCUUCUGUGGCAACCUCACCUACGGCACUGCCAUUCUGCUGCGCGCCCCUUCUCUGUACGCUAUUCUGCUGCGCGCCCCUUCUCUGUAUGCUAUUCUGCUGCGCGCCCCUUCUCUGUACGCUAUUCUGCUGCGCGCCCCUUCUCUGUACGCUAUUCUUCUCCGCACCCCUUCUCUUCAGCCCUGA